AUGCAUGGAUGCGUUCUUUGGGACAAUCAAUCCUAUUAUGAAUAUACGGCCAAAAGUGGUGAAUUGAAAGUAAGCCAAACCAAUGGUGUGAGUGAUUUAUACAACUGGCAGGACAGCCGAUGCGAUCACCAAUUCAUAGCCUCUUUGCCCACUCCUGACUCGUACGCCACUCGUGUGAGCAGUGGUUUUGGGUGCGCCACUAUAUUCUGGAUCAAUAAACACUCGCCACAACUCUUGAGCCAAUUUAAUAGCGGCGGAACUGUUAUGGACUUUAUUGUCGCCGUUUUAUGCGGACUAAAACGGCCGGUAAUGAGCACUCAAAACGCCAUGAGUUGGGGAUAUUUCGACCCUAUUGUCCAUUCCUGGAACGAAUACAUACUUAAAGCCAAUGAUUUUCCGAUUCAUUUGUUGCCAAUUGUGAAGAAGAGCGGAUCAGUUGCCGGAGAAACACAGUUUAAUUGGUUGGGAAUUGAAGCAAAAACACCAGUAUUGGUGGCAUUGGGUGAUAUGCAAUGCGCCACUUAUGCUAAUCUCAGAGAUAAUCCCAAUAACGCGGUGUUGAGUAUCAGUACAUCGAUGCAAAUGAGUGUUUUGAUGGAUAAAAGCUUUACACCCGUAAAGAGUAAAACGAUUAGCAACUCAUCGAUUGAUUAUUUCCCAUAUUUUGAUGACAGCUAUCUCUCAGUGGCCGCCAGUCUUAACGGUGGAAAUGUUUUGCAACAUUUGGUUCAAUUCGUUAGGAAUACAAUCAAAGACAUGGCAGACAUCGAGUUGAGUGACGAACAGAUUUGGGCAAAGAUUUUUCAAUUACACGAUACGGUGCCAAAAGUGAACCUAAAUAAUGAGCUAAUAUCGGAUGAAAUCCCAGCAAACGAUUCACGGAAUACAUUAUGCGCUCCUCCGAGACGUCGAGGAAUGGGUUCUUUGCGCAGGACUUGCAGUCCUGACAGCGUUGACAGCAGUGACACCACUCAUACCCAAUCACUUCAAACUAAUCAAAAGCCAAUCUGUGAAAGUUUGCCACAAACUCACUCUUCGCCUAAUGAUGACAAUAAUGUCAUUCUUGUGGCCAAAUGUGGGCAAAACACCGCUAAUGAUAGCAACCAUUUGUUAUCAAAUGUGAGCGACAAUUGCAAACAAUUCAAUGAUCGCAUUGAAAGCCUGUCCAGUCCUCUGCACUACACAUCUACACAAAUAGCGAAGAGUUAUGUCCGAUCGACAGGUCCGACAAAUUCAACGCAAAACACUUGGAAUCGCUUUGAGGAGCUAUUUAUGCAAACAAUGAGGCGAUGGAAAAGCCGGUGGUUUACUUCAGACGAGGCGAAAGCCACUCGUAAGCGAAGACUGAGCCGAUUCUUGUACUACAUUAAGACCAUUUUGACGCAUCUCUUCUCGACAACGGGUUUGUGUCUACUAGUGAUCGCGUACUCAUGUAUGGGUGCCUUUAUUUUCGCUUUCCUUGAGUCCCAACACGAAGAACAGACACAAAAUGAUGUGGAAAAACAGCGACAAGAUUUCGCUAUAGAUCUCUGGAAUCAGACGAACACUUUGAAUAUUUUAUACCCCGAGAGAUGGAUAAAUGAGACUAAUAUUAGACUCAAGAAGUUUGAGGAAAUCAUUGUGAAGGCAGUGCGAGAGGACGGCUACGGCGGCACUUCAGAGCAGUGGACCUUUUCGGGGGCUCUUCUCUAUAGCGUUACUGUUAUUACAACUAUCGGUCCGACAAAUUCAACGCAAAACACUUGGAAUCGCUUUGAGGAGCUAUUUAUGCAAACAAUGAGGCGAUGGAAGAGCCGGUGGUUUACUUCAGACGAGGCGAAAGCCACUCGUAAGCGAAGACUGAGCCGAUUCUUGUACUACAUUAAGACCAUUUUGACGCAUCUCUUCUCGACAACGGGUUUGUGUCUACUAGUGAUCGCGUACUCAUGUAUGGGUGCCUUUAUUUUCGCUUUCCUUGAGUCCCAACACGAAGAACAGACACAAAAUGAUGUGGAAAAACAGCGACAAGAUUUCGCUAUAGAUCUCUGGAAUCAGACAAACACUUUGAAUAUUUUAUACCCCGAGAGAUGGAUAAAUGAGACUAAUAUUAGACUCAAGAAGUUUGAGGAAAUCAUUGUGAAGGCAGUGCGAGAGGACGGCUACGGCGGCACUUCAGAGCAGUGGACCUUUUCGGGGGCUCUUCUCUAUAGCGUUACUGUUAUUACAACUAUC